GGGAGCCAGAGAAGCGAAAUGACAUUUCCUCUUUAAAUAGCCGGAGCCGGGGCCCCGUGGAGAAAUGGCCGCGUCGGCAGAUUUAAGUAAGUCUUCCCCAACACCGAAUGGGAUUCCAUCUUCAGACACAGCCCACGAUGCCAUGGACCCCUUCCAUGCGUGCAGUAUUCUUAAGCAACUUAAAACAAUGUACGAUGAAGGACAGUUGACAGACAUUGUAGUGGAAGUGGAUCACGGGAAAACAUUUUCCUGUCACAGGAACGUUCUUGCUGCGAUCAGCCCCUACUUCAGAUCCAUGUUCACUAGCGGCCUUACAGAAAGUACUCAAAAAGAAGUUCGAAUAGUUGGUGUUGAAGCUGAAUCAAUGGAUUUAGUGUUGAACUAUGCCUACACCUCCAGAGUGGUUCUGACAGAGGCCAAUGUUCAAGCCUUGUUCACUGCAGCUAGCAUCUUCCAGAUUCCUUCCAUCCAAGACCAAUGUGCUAAGUACAUGAUCAGUCAUUUGGACCCCCAGAAUUCUAUUGGGGUCUUCAUCUUUGCUGAUCAUUAUGGUCAUCAGGAACUCGGAGAUCGAUCAAAAGAAUACAUUCGUAAAAAGUUUCUGUGUGUCACCAAAGAACAAGAGUUUCUCCAGUUGACAAAAGACCAGCUGAUAAGUAUCCUAGACAGUGAUGAUUUAAACGUAGACCGAGAAGAGCAUGUUUAUGAAAGCAUUGUAAGGUGGUUUGAACAUGAACAGAAUGAAAGAGAAGUCCACCUUCCAGAAAUUUUUGCCAAAUGCAUACGAUUUCCUCUGAUGGAAGAGGCCUUUAUAGAGAAAAUUCCACCUCAGUUUGCACAGGCUAUAGCCAAAAGCUAUGUAGAAAAGGGCCCAUCCAAUACUAAUGGCUGCACACAAAGACUUGGAAUGACUGCAUCCGAAAUGAUCAUAUGCUUUGAUGCUGCCCACAAACACUCAGGAAAGAAGCAAACAGUGCCUUGUCUAGAUAUAGUCACAGGAAGAGUGUUUAAACUAUGCAAACCACCAAAUGAUCUAAGAGAAGUUGGGAUUCUUGUAUCUCCAGAUAAUGAUAUUUACAUUGCAGGAGGGUACCGGCCCAGCAGCAGCGAGGUCUCCAUCGACCAUAAGGCAGAAAAUGAUUUCUGGAUGUAUGACCAUUCCACCAAUAGGUGGCUUUCCAAACCCCCCUUGCUGCGAGCCAGAAUAGGCUGCAAACUGGUGUAUUGCUGUGGUAAGAUGUAUGCAAUAGGAGGUCGUGUUUAUGAAGGUGACGGGAGAAACUCACUAAAAUCCGUGGAGUGCUAUGACAGCAGAGAGAAUUGCUGGACGAGCGUUUGCGCAAUGCCUGUUGCAAUGGAGUUUCAUAACGCUGUGGAGUACAAAGAGAAGAUCUAUGUUUUACAGGGAGAAUUUUUCCUCUUCUAUGAGCCUCAAAAAGACUACUGGGGUUUUUUAACCCCCAUGACUGUGCCUAGAAUCCAGGGCUUAGCAGCUGUAUACAAGGACUCUAUCUACUACAUAGCUGGAACCUGUGGAAAUCAUCAACGUAUGUUUACUGUAGAAGCCUAUGAUAUUGAACUAAAUAAAUGGACUCGGAAGAAGGACUUUCCAUGUGAUGAGUCCAUAAAUCCAUACCUUAAACUGGUACUUUUUCAGAAUAAACUACAUUUAUUUGUUCGAGCUACUCAAGUGACCGUUGAAGAACAUGUCUUCAGAACCAGCAGGAAAAAUUCCCUUUACCAAUAUGAUGACAUCACUGACCAAUGGAUGAAAGUGUACGAGACUCCAGACAGGCUCUGGGACCUUGGCCGGCAUUUUGAAUGUGCUGUCGCUAAACUCUAUCCUCAGUGUCUUCAGAAAGUACUUUAAUGAGUAGCAGGCCUUAGUGAGCUCACUGGCAUCUUGUGCUUGGGGAAACUUCAUCUUUUAAUGAUACAAGAAGUGCUGUCAGUAUUUAAGAAGCUGAGAGAGUUUGUACAUGGCAGUGGGUGCUCUUAAAGAUUAUGGCAUAGGGAGGGAUUUCUUUUCAUCCUUGUGAUGUUUUCAGUUCAUUAAGCAAAAGGUAACAAAGUGCAAUUAUCAGCAUUUUUUUUUUUCUGGUAUAAAAGUAAUCAUUUUCAUUCUAGAAUUUUGUGAUAGUUCAUCACUGAGAUACCAGAUGAAUCAACAACUAUGCACUCUUAGAAGAGCAGUUAGGAUAUUAUGGUUAGAGACAUCCGAACUAGUUUGAUGUGACUUUUUAUUUUAAAUACGGGUAAAAAUUUGAGGCAAUAUCACUAGGACUUUAGCUGUGACCUCUCCAACACAGAGAAGCACUAACUUAGAUCCUCAUUCUAUAUAUAUAUAUACAUAUACAC